GCCGUUGUUAGGGGUGGUUCGUGUUCUGAGUCGAUUACUCGCACGUGUAUCGAUAUACCCGUCGUGGCUUGAACUAAGCGUUGUGUCGUCGGACGCGUCGCUAGCGGGAGCGUGCGCACGAAAGAAAAUAUUUGGAGAAACGUGUCCGGUGUGUCUGUGCGAGGAGGGGAAACGCGUUGUGUGAUCCGCGCUGCCGUGUGCAAGCAUUCGACUCUGUUCGCCGUGACACGUUACCGUGCAUACGUUUUACGGAGCUGAUUUAGUGGCGGGCACCGGCCUCUGGUAGUGUAUAUACACGAUUCAACGAAACCACGAGAUAGAGGGAGAAAGAGAAAACGAGAGGCUGUCCGUGUCUGCGAGAAGAGAAAAAGCAGAGACCGGAAGAAGAGCGUAGAAUCUGUACGGUGGUCUGCUUUUCUCGAGCGCUGCUACGUUUGCUGUUUGUUAUUUCGUUUUCGUUUUCGUUCGGCCGAUAAUGGAUUAAUUUUCGCCGGGGAGCUUACCCCGGCGGCGGCUGUACCCGAAGAGAGGCCCCCCGAGCCCCCGAGAGCACAGCACACAGCACCGCGGCCGGCUCCAGAACUCUGCGAUAAAUCAAGGCCGGAGUGAUGCGAGCCACGCAGGAGUAAAUCAAGGAACCUUUACGAUGGGACUCGUUCGACGGACGAAGUUGCUUCCAAGCCGAACGAUGGCGUCCCUAUUACCGCUGUUGCUGCUCGCAGCGUUACCGAACGCUCGAUUAGAAUCAGCAAUCAGUCCAGUGAGUAACGUGGGCUCUGUAUCGAGCGGUUCACCGUCGUCCUCUUCGUCCUCCUCCUCUUCGUCGAUGGUGGGUGUCGUGUCUAGCAGUGGCACGGGUUCCGGCAGCAUGGUAGGAUCUGGCAACAGCGUGGUUGGGGGUGGCAGCAGCAGCGGUGGACACUCGUCUCUAAGCGGUGGAGCGGCUAAUGGAAACGGCAGAUGCGAGGAGAUCACUAUUCCGAUGUGUCGCGGAAUCGGAUAUAACCUGACAGCCAUGCCAAACGAAUUGAAUCACGAUACCCAGGAAGAGGCUGGCAUGGAAGUGCAUCAGUUCUGGCCUUUGGUAGAAAUCAAAUGUUCACCGGACCUAAAGUUCUUCCUCUGUUCGAUGUACACACCGAUAUGUCUGCCCGAGUAUACCAAGCCUCUUCCAGCGUGCCGAAGCGUUUGCGAGAGAGCGCGAGCUGGUUGCGCGCCACUGAUGCAACAGUACGGAUUCUCUUGGCCAGAAAGGAUGGCAUGCGAGAGAUUGCCCGCCCAUGGUGACCCAGAAAAUUUGUGCAUGGAGCAAGACAAUCGUACUACGACCACCGGUUACGGGUCUGGUAACGGGGGUGCUGCGAGCAGCGCUCCCUUACCAGCGGCAGCACCGCCACGUCCAACUAGGCCGUCGAAGACGACCCAACCACCGCGGUGCAAGCCAGGCAAGAAUCAAAAAAACUGCCAGCAUCCCCCGGGGGAAAGGGCGAGGGACUGCACGUGCCGGUGCAGGGCACCCCUCGUACCCCUGGGGGCGGGGGGCACGGUAAUUCCGGGUCCGAUAAGCGGCAGCAGCACCGGCAACAUAGGCAACGGGGCUGGACUGGCAGGCAUGGCCGUAAGUGGGGCCAUACCGGCUCCACCGAUAAGCAUCGCUCGGAACAUCAUACAGGACAUUGCAGGAGUACCGAAUUGCGCGCUACCCUGCCACGGGGCGUUUCUCACCCCCGAAGAGCGAGGAUUCGCAGCCGUGUGGCUGGCUCUGUGGAGCGGCCUGUGCGCCGCAAGCACGCUCGUGACCGUCACCACAUUCCUGAUCGACACCCAGCGCUUCAAGUAUCCUGAGAGACCGAUAGUCUUCCUCUCGGCCUGUUACUUCGUCGUCUCGGUCGGUUACCUGUCGAGAAGCGUGUUCGGCCACGAGGAAAUCGCCUGCGACGGGCCAGCGUUGAAGUCAGGGGCGCAAGGACCUGGAGCAUGCGUCACAGUGUUUCUCAUGAUCUACUUCUUCGGCAUGGCGUCCUCGGUGUGGUGGGUGAUACUCGCGUUCACGUGGUUCCUGGCAGCGGGUCUGAAGUGGGGCAACGAAGCCAUCGCCUCGUAUUCCCAGUACUUCCACCUGGCAGCUUGGCUAGCGCCAACGAUACAGACAGUUUUAGCCUACGUGGCCGGGGGAGUAGCCGGGGAUCCGGUGGCGGGAGUCUGCACGGUAGCUCCCGAAGGAGUACGCUCGUUCAUUCUGGUACCACUGUUCGUGUAUCUUCUAUUGGGAACGAGUUUCCUUCUGGCGGGAUUCGUCAGUCUGUUCAGAAUUCGAUCGGUCAUCAAGCGACAACCGGGAGCGAAAGCGGACAAACUGGAGAAGCUAAUGAUACGAAUCGGCGUGUUCAGCGUGCUGUACACACUGCCGGCCGGAGUAGUGUUGGCAUGUCACAUGUACGAGACAGCGCUAAGAAACGAGUGGCUCGCCUCGCUGGCCUGCCCGUGCGGCCCGAGGGCCAGACCUCUCUACUCCGUCCUAAUGCUCAAGUACUUCAUGGCGCUCGCGGUAGGUAUCACGUCAGGCGUGUGGAUCUGGAGCGGCAAAACCGUCGACUCGUGGAAACGUCUAUGGAGGCGCUUGUUCGGAGGCGGGAGCGGAGGAGGAGGUCACGGAGGCGGUGGAGGCGGUAUGGUAGCAGGCGUGACAGGAGUCAGCGGAGGCAUCGGCAGUACCAGUAUCAAGGGCGUCGUAGGACGUGUCGGAGUGCCGUAUCCACCGGCACCGGGACCGGGAAGCGCGUUACUUCCGCCUGGCAGCGUGGCCAGCGCGUCGCAACACCAUCUUCAUCAUCACGUUCUCAAACAACCACCCCUUUCGCACGUAUGACGUCACCAGUCGGCGGGAGGCGACAUGAACACCGCUGGCUGCGAUCAGCAGCAACAGCAACAGCAGUCGGUGCAACAGGAGAGGCCUUCCGCCCUUAGCAACUACGGGCCCAUUUAGCCCUUCGCCUCGGCCUCGCGGAGGCACACGCCUCAUACGGCGCCGCACACGGCGCCCCAUACGCCCCACUCCGCGGCCACUAUAUACUCGAGGAGGUCGCUGGCGUCGACAACGGGCCCUCUCACGCCAGCACACGGACUCGCACCCUCGUACACCCAGGCCACCGAAGUAUGAAUCGAUUUUCCAUUACAACCUCGUCUCCGUAGCGAUGCUGAAACGGUAAUAAACGGGUCGAGGGAACGAUGAUAAGGUUCUCGGUACCUCCGUCGAUCAACUCGCGACGGUGCUUCUCGAUUACCCGAUAUACGUAUUAGCCCGUACGUGUCUUUUCCGUGGAUCUCGAGUCGCUGUCUUAGCUGAUUUUUUUAACGGAAUCAUCGACGAUGUAAGAGUGUACGUUCUUUUACGAUAAUUCAGAUUUUCGACGCCAUAACGUAUGGACCCUCGAUACACCGACGUCAGAGGGCGACAGUUAGAAAAUGGCACUCGAGACCAUCCGGUUAGUGAGAUUGUGAUGUUCGCGCGUGGAUUUUAAGAUAGUGUCGACGAAUGAAUGGUAUGCGCGAAUGCGAAACGCGUGACAGUUCAAUUUUUAUUCGUAUCUAUCUGUACUUUUUUCUUACUUAUAUUAUACCGUAGCGGAGCUCGUACAGUCCGCAUGUCCGUCUAACGUGUAUCGUCUCGUCUAUUUAUCUAAUCUAGCCAUUAAACUGAAUAUAGGUGUAAAACACGAUUUUUCUAGAUAUCGUACGCGGCUACGGCGGUGGUCCGGCAUUCCAGACGCGCGUUUUUUGUAAUUUUGAUAUUUUAGUCACUAGUCGAAAGGUCGAUAGGAGCUAGAGCAUACAAUCGACGACGAGCAGCCGACCGAUCGUCUCGACAUGGUUCACGGACAAUGAAAGUACUCGUAGCCGAAUACAGGUUCACCGCCAUCGAUCGUGCGAUGGUACGACGAGCAACUGUUGUAUAGCGCAGACGUUUUUAGCUGAUCAGCAGCAGAGAGAAGGCGGAAUAACUAAGCGAGGUAAACUGUAAAUAUCAUUUUUAGAUGUUAGGUAAAAGCGCUGUAAAUAAACAGAAUAAGGAAUACGGUCAUCAGAAACGAUUUAUAAUCGAUCGGCACACGAGAUGCUCGAAGGUGUACAGAUGCAAGCAUGCGCGAUCGCGACGAACACGCGUUCCUUCUUCUCCUUUUUAUUCAAAUCUCUCUGUCCGUGGAGCUUUUAAGUCUUUCGAAGAGGAUCGAUCGUCUCGCAAGAGACACUCACGGUACAAAAGUUACAGAUUCAAUUGGUUAAGCAACUCUCGGUUGAGAAUCGAUAGAACUCUCGGGGUCGAAUGGGUAUUGAUUAACCUGGCGGCUGCCGGGGUGAAAUUUUCUUCAUCAAAUCAAGAACUAUCAGAGGUUUCAAUGAAGGAAACACAAAAAUUCAUGGAAAAUUACUUGAUUUAAUUUCAUCUGGCAUCCACCGGGUUAACAAAGAUAGAAACAUCUGAGGAAGAAAGUGCCGCUAGUCUUGCCACGGACGAAGGAACGCGCCGAUCGAAGCGUAUUCGCGUCCGGAAAGAGCGUGAUAUAUAUAUACAUACGUUAUGUACACAUAAAAGUUAAACGAACCGCGUAAAUUUUACGCGUCGAACACCAUUUUUUACCGCCGAACGAAUUCUCCCAACCCCCGAAAUCCUUCACCGUUUUAUAUAUAUAUUUACUCGUACGUACGCGUCCUCGAACGUAGCAGACAGAAAUGAAAAAGAAAAACAGAAAAGAAGGGUACAGAAACAAUACGACCCCAAAACAACACCUGUUUCAUGUACUUGGUAUAUGGUGUACAGGUCUCUGAGGCCCAAGCCAUUCGUAACCUACGCACACGCAUAACAUCCUUACACUCACACGACACAAUCGUAUGCAUACGCGCACGUGGUAGAGGAAAGACAAAAGGAUUCUGUGUACCCCGAGUAAAUCGUAGGUAAAAAGAAAAAGAAAUGGAAGAAAGGGAAAUUGUGUACAUGGUUCAAGUGUGUCUAUGCCACGUGAUAGACAGGUAGCUGUUGACACAGCUCGAAAUCGGAUACACGCAUAAACGAAUGGAUCGUUAAGCACGUAAAUAUAUAUAUAAAUAUAUUACAGAUACAUAUAAAUAUAAAUAAAUAUAUAUAUAUGUUCGUGGAAGCGUGCGCGGGACCUCGAGACGAGGACGCGUUCGCUUCUCCGACGCGAUGUCGAUAUCUCACAAUUUUUAUAAUCGCUGAAGAAGAAAAAAUAAAAGAAAACGGGGAGGAUAAGAACUAUACGAAGGAAGGUUUCUUAUCACGACCACUCUCGGGACGUCUGGUGGUUGAGGUCGCGUGCGAAGCCCCCGAUGGAUUCCUUCGACGAGGCCUCGAAACACGCGGCAAACGAGAUAUGUACACUUUUGCCGCUGUUUCUUCGUCUGAUGGUUUCCUUCUUUUUAUUAGUUUUCGUUUUACCUGUCGUUGAAAAUUUCGACGGCUCACGCGAUCGUUCCGCGAGAUGUCUCGCGAGAGGCGCAGGUGAUGAGAACGCGGGAAGGAAACGAGAAAGCAAGAAUGGAACAAAAGGACUGAAAAACGAUAACUGCCUCAAGCAACUUAAACAAAAAGAAAAGAAAAAAAAAAGAGUAAAACAGAAAAGAACACGAGCCGUAUCGCAUCUCGGACGGUCACCCCCUGCCAAACGAAACGUACACGUGUAAUGUUGUAAAGUAGUGAGAGUAAAGAAACCUUUUAGUGUCACAUAUCACGCCAAGCUGUUACGAGCGGAAACGGACAAUGUCGCGUUCGCGGACGACGAGUGAUGAUGAUAGCGGAUAGCGGAGAGGAAAAAAAAAAUGGCGGGAAGUAAGGAGAUUGUAGGCGGCGCUGCUAUCGCGACGGCAGGUAUGAUUGAUAGGGACUUAUAUGAACGAACGCGACUUUAGAGAAAGGAGAGGGAGGGAGUUUAUAACGAGUAUCUGUAAUCCACUUUUUGUCACGAUGAUUGUCAAUAAAAUUGAAGAUAAUGUGUGUAACGAGUGUGUCCCGGAAUUUUCAUUCACGAUGAUCGAACUCUGGUAUGUUCUUCUUUCUGUUUCUUGUUUCGUAUUUUUUUGUUUCAUAGAAGAAAAAAAAUGCUUCAGUGAUAAGGGAACACUUAUCGAGGGCAAGGUCUAGAAUAGUCUCCCUCUGUUUUUCUUUUGUGCGUUUUCCUCGUUUCUUAGCUUUUACGUUCUUUCCCCCCAUGAUAACACCAUUCUGUCUGGGUCCGAUUUUUAUGCUCGCCGCCAUCUUUGUACAACUUUACGUUGCCAUAGUAGUUAAUCGAGUAUCCGACGACCAUAUCGUUAUACAUAUAUGCAUAUACUGAAAUCAAAAUUGUAUACGAUUUUUAAUAUACUUUAUUAUUAUUUAA